AUGGUGAGAUUGAUGUUAUCCGGUUUCUACCGCGUUGAAUUCAAAGAUUUUUGGAUGGGAGACAUGUUAUGCUCGCAGACCUACGCGCUCGGAAAUAUAUAUCUGUACUUUUGCCUCUACGCCCAGGCUUGGGACAAACCCGAGCAAUGCAAUUCCUCGCAUUCGUACACAAUGGGCUUUUUCAUGUGCAUUCCGGCAAUUUGGCGUCUUCUACAAUGCUUCCGUCGUUACCAUGAUUCGCGGCAGGCAUUCCCUCAUCUUGCCAACGGCGCUAAAUAUGGAUUGACCAUUUUGCAAUAUUUGACGUUGACUUUGUGGAGGAAUGACAAAUCGAGUAAUGUCUUGAGGGGCCUAUUCAUAACAAUGGCGACUAUCAGUUCCAUUGUCAGUAUUUUCUGGGAUGUUGUGAUGGAUUGGUCGCUCCUUAACCCUUACGCCCGCUGGCCGUUCCUCCGUGAUAGGGUUGGGUUCAAGAAAGCAUGGCCGUAUUAUUUUGCCAUGUUUAUCGAUCCUCCAUUGAGAUUCAGCUGGGUUUUCUACAUCAUAUAUGCCCAUGAAAUACAGCACUCAGCGUUGUUAAGUUUUAUGAUUUCUGUGGGAGAAGUAUUCCGACGAUUCAUCUGGUGUUUCUUCCGUAUGGAGAACGAGCACUGCGGCAACGUUGGAGCAAACCGGGCAUAUCGCGAUCCCCGACUACCAUAUCAUUUUGCGAGUGACAAUGAAUCAACUACAAUGGUCGCAUCACCUGUUCCAGCAGAUCCGGAGGCACACUCUGAGCCACUUCUUGUCACACCUGCACACCCAACUGUGGAUAUCGAACAAGGCCAUGCGACUGGUAUGCGCCACAGGCAAAGCCGGAACAGUAGGAUCAAGAGGCACGGGUCAGGAAGUCCUGCCAUGCAGGCCCUGGAGCGCUUGGGACGGACGAUGACAAAUGCACACAAAAAGGAUUACGAAAGAAAACGUGGCUCAGAGGACGAUGCUGGCGCCAGCAGUAGUGAUGAUGAAGAAGAAGAAGGGGAGGAGGAGGAGGGAGAGUUGGAAUCCGCUGAUUUUUAUCAGCGAACGGCAGAGGGAGAAGCGGGUGAGCUGACGUUAAUAAAAACAGUAACCGAAGCUGGGCGGUGA